GCUCGCCUGAGAGCAGGAGCGCCUGUGACAGUGGAGUGCAUUGAUUCAUGCUGUUGUGGAGUCUCGUUUCUGGUUUUGGGAAACAAUUAAUGCGACCAGACAAGAGCGCAUGAAGGUGGAGAAGAUGAACGUGGAGGCUCUAAGCCGAGCAGAGCUGCUGACUCUCCUCAGUAUCCUGGAGGGAGAACUGGAGGCCCAGGAUGUAGUCAUACACACCCUCAGAGCCCAACACCGAGAUGAGUUUGUCCAAGACCGCUAUGGGCAGUAUGACCUCAGCGAUCCAUUCCUGGCCCUGCAGCGCGACGAAGAAGCCGCAGAGCGCCAGACCGCAAUCAGGCAACCCCAAGCACAUCCGCAUGGCCGGGCGGUGGGCCCAAACCCUCUGGCUGUGCUGAAACUGGUCAUGACUCACUGUAAGAGGAUGCAGGAGAGGAUGAUGGGACAGUUGGCUGCUGCCGAGAGCAGGCACAGGAGGAUGAUCACCGCUCUGGAGGAGGAGAAACAGCGGUGUGUCCAGGAAUCUGCUCGGCGUGCCGACUAUGUCUUUGUUCUCGAGACAGAAAGAGAUAAGCUUCUGCAACAGCUGGAGGUGGAGCAUGCAACGGUGCAGAGGUUGGAGAAGGAACAGGCACAAGUGGUGAGCAAGGUGGAGGAGUCGCUGACCCAGGAGCAGCAGCUCUCCUCCAGUCUGACGCUGGAGCUCCAGAAGGCCAGCAGCCAAGCUCAAGAGGAGGCGCAGAAGGUCUCUCAGCUCCACAUGCUGCUGCAGGAAGAGACCUGCGCCCUCGAGAAGCUCCAGCAAGUUCUUGAGUACGAGAAGAACAGGGUGGCUCAGCUGGAGGUCAAGUCGGAGAGGCAGACGGCUGAGUUUGAUGCCGAAAGAGAGCAGCUGAAAGCCAGACUAGAGGCAGAGGAGGAAAAGGGCAGAGAGCUUGAAAAACAAGUGAAAGAACUUAGAAAAAGGUUGGCUGAGCCUCAGGAAAGUAAAUAUGAGGUAAAAGAGGCUGCGGCCGAGGUGAAGGAGUCACAGGGCAAGAUGGUGUCCAGUUCUGUUCAGACUGAGACGGAUGGAAAGAUUACUCCAAAAUCCUCUACCGUACCAAAGGUCAAUGGCCUUCAGUCUCAUAAAGAGACAGAACCAUUAACACAUGAAGUGAAAGGAGCAGAAAACGGAGUGGAUAAUGGAGGUGGAACCCUUCUCCAUUCCCCUAUUCACCCCUUUCCUCAUCCUCACUCUCCCUCCAGCACGGCCUCCUCUUCCCUCUCCUCCUCCCCCGUUUCCUCUCCAGUUCUAGCGAAGCGUCUGGGCAGCCCGGGCUUCCUUCAGUCCUACCAGGCUGGAGUCAAUCAGAGAUUUCAGGCCGCCAGACACAAGUUCCAGAGUCAGGCCGAGCUCGAUCAGCAGCAGCACGGUGGGCCUCUUUCCCCCAGGGACCUCUCUCCAACCACCGCAUCCACCCCUCCUCCGCCAGAGCACAGCCCGGCUAAGCAGCUGGCCCGCAGCACAGUCACUCAGGUGCUGUCCCGCUUCACCAGCCAGCAGGCCGGAGUGAAGUCCGCGCCAAUUAACAACUCACCAUUUGGCACAGACUACCGCAAUCUGGCCGCAUCUCCUACGGGGGGGAGGUCGCCUUCUUCAGGGCCAUUAUCUCCGUGCUUUCGCUCUCCUCUCACUCCUCGUUCAGAGAAGACCCAUCCUCCUCCAAUUCCACCUAAAAGGCCCGGCAUGAGUCCAACUCCGGGUUCCCCAAAUCACUCUCCUCGGACCAGCCUCUUCCCAGAGCUUACGGGGAACUGUGGGCACAGCAGCAGUGGGCAGGAGGGAGCCAAGGAAUCAGACCUGGUCUUAUCCUAGUGCCUAACAUUCCAGACCGUGCAAGCUAAUUGUUGAAGAAAUCAGCUACUUCAGUUUCUGAUGUUAACUAAGUUUAAGACAUUGAAUAUUGGCAUUGGAAAUUAAAACACCUUGUAAAAAAAAAUUUCAUACCCUUUAAACUUUUUUCACAUUAUAGCUUCAACCAUCAAUGUGUUGUAGGUUGUAGCCAUAACGCGAGAUAGGCUAGUGCAAAGUAGCAUUUGUUUGCUGAUCCUCUGAGUAAAUAGUUUUCACAGCCACCAUUUUCUGACAUGUCUGCUGCGUUCCUUGGUCUUGGUGAUGCGGUUUGUUCGGUAAUAUUCUAUAACAAACAUCUGGGACUAAUUUAUUACCCAGAGGAAUUCAGUUUACUAAUCAGCAGAAUUAAGGCACUAAAUUUUAUGUAGCGGUAUCGCAGUAAAAGGGGGUGAAUGCAUUACACAUUUUUAUAUUUUCUUUGUAAAAACUAAAGUGUGAACCAUGUGGUGUUAUGUCUGCUAAACUUUGCAUUGGUCUAUCACUUGAAAUAUAAAUGCAAUACAUAAAGGUUUGUGGUUAUAAAGUGGAAAACAUGAAAAAGUUUGAAGUAUGAAUGCAUUUUCAAAGUGGUGUAUACUGGAUGCAUUGUUUGUUCCUACCUCAAAAGCACAACAUGAGAAACAAUUGGUAAAAAUGAUUUAAAAGAGAUUACAAAUUCCUUUAUUGAAGUUAGUUUUUAUGUUUUACAUCAUUAUGAAGUUACACUAAAUGUCAAAUUUCUGAAUUUUAACUAUGAGUUUGAGCAUCAACCAUCAGUAAAAACCAAGCUUAAAUUCUGACAAAUCAAACGGACUGGAGUUGUGCUGAGCUAGUGAUUUGUUUGUUUUCACAUAUGGAUUUACUCGUCAAACCUUUGCAACUCAAACGAAGAGUUUGUCCAGAAGCGAACCCAAAAUAAAGAGGGUUUCUCAAGUGUACGGCUAGUAGAGCAUAGCAAGCAUGUAGCUAUUACAAUUUUACAAAGACAAAAAAAGGUUUUUAAAUGCUUUUAUUGUGAGUCCCUAUGCAAUUUUUUAUGGAGAUGGACCACGUUUUUUUUUUUGUUUUUUUUUUUUUUUUAUUGUAAAUAUGUCAAGAAAUCUUUUCCUAUGAAUGAACAUGUGAUGCAUGUGUUUGUUUUUACUUGUCAUGAAAACACUGAGACUUGUCUUGAAAAAGGGAGAGCACAUUUUGCACUGCAUCGACUACACAUCAGCACAAUUUUUAUGAACACAGCAUAUCCAGGGAAUGUUGAAUUCUGCUCUACACAAGCUGAAAAUGUUGCUUCAUUAUGCCACGCAGUAAAUAUUUUAGAUGUUCAUACUUUGAUACACAAUUGCGACAAUUUAUACUGUAUAUGUAUGUGUCAAUUUUAUAUAGAACUGUGUCUUGUAGACGAACUACACACGAGAUUAUUUUAUUUUUGUUGGUCUACCACUUUAUUUUUUAACAUUUUUUUUUUUAUUUUGAAAGCAGUAAUCGACUUCAUCACAUUAGAUUUGCCAAUUUAUUUAAAGUCAUAUAUGUACAACCUGUCUGGGGUUCUGUUCUUUUAUCACUAGUAAAUGCUCAUAUCAUUAACACGCUAAGUAUUCAGUGCUUUAAAUAAAUUGUCCAUUCCUUCAAGUGAUGAAUCAUCUGUCUUUCUUACAGUCUGAGCUAACAAAACAACAGCAGUAUAUUUGGAGCUCCUGAUGGGAACACUAUGCCGUUUCACCUAUAGAACAGCGUGUGAUGGUCAGAUUUUCUAUUUGAUUUGUUUUAAGUUGCUUUUUAACAGAGAUAAAAUCUACUUUGGGCAAACUUCUAUGGGCAUGAGCCUCUGAUGACAUCACAUAAGGGUGAUCAGCAACUGAAAAUUUGGCUACAACAAAACACAUGGAAGCAACUCAUGAAGAUGACCACUACAGAGUGGAAGUGCCAGAUUUCAUUAUUAAAUGUGAUGUUAUGAAUAUUUAACCGUUUAUUCAGGUUCUGCUCACACAUGCAAAAUAUGAUAAGCUGGAACAAAUAUUUGUCCGUUGUUUAGGGCUUUUUCUCGCAUAGUUUUUCUUUAGUUCAAAUCAGUUGAGUUUGCCAACUCUCAAGUUUUUUGAUUGUUCAGUUGACUCCGAGCACCAAAAGGCGAGAAAUUAAUAUCUUCAGCGUGUAAAGUUUUUACAGGUCUUUGCAAAGUGAGAAGAAAGCUGCUUUCAUACUAGCAAAGGCUCUCUUGGAACUAAACUCUGGUUUGUUUGUUUUUUCAGAGUUGUGUAUUCAUUUUCCUUUUCAGAUUUCAGCUCAUUUCACCAGUGGUACAAAUGCACCGAAACCAAUCGGAUGGAAAAAUGACGACUGUUGACAAUCAUUCUCACUGUUUCCUUCAGCCUUUCCGUUCUUGGUAGCAUCCGUUAUGGUCGUGAAACUCCGCCUCAGUCACAAGGCUGAACCAGUUUUAACUCCGUCACAUUGCUCUACAACCAGCAUCUACAGAGGCUUUUGCCCUCGUUUCUGCUGUGAUGCCAACAACCCAAAAACACAGAAAUGAGGAUUAGCCGUUUAUAAAACUAUUUUUUUUUAUGUGUUUAUUAUUUUUGGUAAUAAACAAUUUAUUACCAAUUGUGUUUAUAUCGGUGUACAUUUAUCAAGGAAAGAAGUAAAUAAUUGGAUUGUAAGUCAGUUUAUUUGAACAGGGUGGGGCAGUAUAGUCUUUAACUUUGUAACUGAUCGGCACACAGUUGUAUUAUACUGUAUAUUGACGUUUGAACACAGCACAUAGCAUAGCUAACAAGUAACUGAUCAGGUGCCAGCCAACUCAUAAGACAUGUAGAACAGAGAAUGAUGUUGCCUGAUAGGAGUCACGCUACAUUUACAGUAUAUCAUCUUGCCAUAUGGCGACUGCUUUGCAUUCACUUGGCAUCGACUUAUACACAGUCAGAACAAUUAUGAGUGCAAUGUACUAAGACUCCAAGAAAAAGACAGCAUAUUAAAAUAGAAAUUUUACACACAAGAGCAGGAAGAUGGAGUUCUUUACCAUAGGAAAGAGAUUUUGGCAAAUAAAUUUUGGUUAAUAUGACGAUGCUUUCCUUCGUAACAAAAGGAAAACGAUUUACAGCAAAGUUGAUACCAAAAAGAGAACAGAGGAUGUUUAAUGGAUGCAGCAGAGCAGAGGUGGCUUUAUCUUAGUUCUGUCCUCACAACUUGCAUGAACGGAGAGAUAACGCAUUAGUGGAGCUCAACAGAGAAAACAAGUGAACAUUCCCGCAAACCUGACAGAAAAACAUACAGCUGUCGGAGCACUUGUACAACAGGGCUGUGUCAGGCUUUGUGCUGUAUUUAAAUGCUAUAAAUUUCAUUUGGAUUAUGCAUUACAGAGAAGCAAUACUAUAACCAUCUUUCUGUUGACAUGUAACCUAAUAAUUUCCUUUUCUGACCAUGUAACAAUUCCACAAGUGAAGUUGAUUUUCAGUCCAAUCAUGCAAGGUAAACAAUGACAAGAAAAACAACCUUUCAGAAAAUUCACGUUCUACUAAAGUCAAACCCUGAUAUGAGAUUGUGUGCUUGAAUUUUGUCAGCAGCUGCUUUGUGCCCUGUGUGCAGAGAGCUGCAACUCUGAACGCAGCUCGGGAUUAGUUUCACAAAGACGAAUAUCUGAAUUUUGUAACCUGAAGCUAUGGAGUUCUGCAAUUCCUUAAACAGAGAACAGGUUUUUUUUUUUUUUUUCCACAACGCAGUCCUGAGCACAGCCCUGCACUGUCCGAACA